AUGGGGAAGACAAAAAAUAAAUUGAAUAGUGGUAGCCAAAAUAGAAAAAUUAAAGAACAAAAGUUAUUAAAAUUAGUUGCUAAUGACAAGAAUCAAAAGAAAUUGUGUUUUGAUUCACCUGUACCAUCAGUUAGUAUUGCAUUUUGUAAUACAGAUCAGUGCUCACCUAAUUAUAAAAAUAUUGAUCACCAAGAGUUCUUAAAUUAUGAAAAUAAAAGGGAAGAAAAAGAAAUAAUUUAUGAGACAUCUGUAUCAAAUGUAGAACCUAUUGCAUUAUUUAAUUCAAUACCGACAAUACCGUGUACAUCUGAUGCAAUGAAUGAAGACAAUGAACGAGUCAUUGAAGUUGGAAAAGAAAGAGUUGAUGAGGAAUUAAAAAAUUGUUUAGAAUCUUUACAACCUGUUUCACUCUUCCCCUCAAUGCCAAACACAUUGAAUAGUACAAAUAAAAUUGGUGAAUCUGAUUCUGAAUCAAUAUAUGUAGAAAUUGGAAUGGAACAUGAAAAUAUUAAAGAUGAUUUUGAAACACAUUUUGAUGCUUUUGUAUUUGUACCUCCAAAUAAAAAUGACAGCAUAGUAGCUAAAUUAAAAUUUUUAGAGCACCAUCCUAUUCAACCAAUUGUUAUAAAUAAUUCCAAAGUUAUGUUUGAUCCCAGAAACAUUUAUUUUCGAAAAAUGACAAAUGAUGAUAUUGUCGAAAGAAGAUGGAUUUCAUAUUGUUCUUUUACUAACAAAAUAUAUUGUAGUACUUGCAUGGCAUUUUCAGUAGAUUUAUCCAAUGCAUUUGUUAAUGGUGUAGUAGUUAAUAUUAAAAGCAUUUAUAUAAAAGUUCAGAAACAUGAAAACAGUGCAAUACAUAAAAGUGCAUGUGAAAGUUAUUUAAGAGCUUGUACUAACAAAAAUAUAGACGUCAUACUUGAAAAUUUUCAUAAUAAAGAAGUUGAAAAAAAUCACAUGGUCCUUGAUAGAAUAAUAAGCAUAGUAAUUGUUCUUGCUAAACAAAACUUGGCUUUUCGUGGCCAUAGGCAUGAGUCUAUUAGUGAUCUUAAUGAUAAAACAAAAUUUAAUCACGGUAACUUUUUAGCAAUAGCCCAACUUGUGGCAAAGUAUGAUCCAAUUUUAAAAUACCACAUUGAAAAUAUGAUUAAAAAAAGACAAAAAAAAUCUAAAAGUCGUGGACGAGGUAGUUUGGUUAGUUUUAUGUCAAAGUCAACUGUUAAUAAAAUUAUUCAAAUAAUCGGUCAAGAGAUUCAACACUCUAUUUCUAAAGAAAUAAAAUCCACUGGUCAAUUUUCUCUAGAAGUGGAUUCCACUCAAGAUAUUUCAGUAACUGAUCAAUUGAGUAUUUGUGUUCGUUAUGUAUACCAAGGAUAUGUUAAAGAAAGAUUAUUAGCCAUGAUUCCAAUUAAAUCAUCUACUGGGAAAGAUCAAUAUGAAGUAGUGAAAAAUGUAUUAAAAACAUGGAACAUUGAUGUAAAAAAUCUGAUUAGCCAGUCUUAUGAUGGGGCAGCGAACAUGAGCGGAGAGUAUAGUGGGUUGCAAAAAUAUUUUAAGAAUGAUGCACCUGAUUCAAUAUUCACACACUGUCAUGCACACGUAUUAAACUUAGUUAUAGGUGAUGUCACCAAGUGUAAUAUAGCUUCUCAAAACUUAUUUGGCCUUCUACAAAAAACAGCGGUAUUUUUUUCUGAGUCUCAUAAAAGAGCUAAUAUAUGGAAGGACAUUUUAUUUGAAAACCAGAUUGGCCAUGACAAAAUGAGAAAACUGCAAAAACUCAGCAAUACACGUUGGAAUAGCAAAGACAAAGCUUUAAAGACAAUUUUUCAUUCGUGGUCAGAAGACGGCUCUAAGUGUGAUCGUUAUAUUUGUCUACUUAAUUCAUUACACAUUUUAGGUUAUGAUGAAAAGUUUAUUAAAGAUUCAAAAAUGGCAUCAGAGGCAAGAGCACUAUUAGAAAAAUGGACUUCAUUUGAAAUUAUAAUGAUUGCUUUUAUAUAUCAACAAAUAUUUUUUUUCACAACACCUGUUUCUAAGUAUUUACAGACAGAAGGCAUUGACUAUGUAAUAGCUUGGAAUAAAAUUGUAACUUUAACAACUAACAUAGAGAAAAUAACCGAAACAUAUGAACAAAUUAAAAGUAGAGCUGUAACUUUCAUGGACACGGUGGAAACUAAACUAGACCACUUAGAAAAUAUUUAUAUUCAAAAUACAUUUCCCACAAGAAGAAAUAAAAAAACUAAAAUACAAUCUGGAGAAUUGGGAAAUGACUCAGCUACUAAUUUCAGUCCAUAA